AUGACCCUGAAAACAAAAAAGGGAAUUGCAAUCCUUCUCUUCUGGAUUAAAGAAACAGAUAUCACGGUGCCCGUGCAGUCACCCUGGAAUAUACCUCUCCUGCCUGUGAAGAAAACUGGGGCAUCUGGGUCUCAUGUGUCUGAUUCUUCCAGAGAAACAGGUGUCCGCUGUCUUGGACCUGAAAUAUGCAUUCAUCAGCCUCCCAUUGGCAGAGGCUACUCAUCUGUGCUCCACACAAUUUUUGGAGUUGCUCGGACCAAGUGCCACCGGGCAUGCAGGUCUGUGUGGAGCUGCAGUUGCGGGUGUCUGUUCCACAGGAUAGGGUUCGUGAAAAUUGUCAAGAAUAAGGCCUACUUCAAGAGGUACCAAGUGAGAUUUAGAAGGCAGCGAGAGGGUAAAACUGACUCCUAUGCUCGGAAACGAUUGGUGAUCCAGGACAAAAAUAAGUACAACACACCCAAAUACAGGAAGAUAGUUCGUGUAACAGAGAGAUCAUCUGCCAGAUUGCCUGUGCCCAUUAUAGAAGGGGAUAUGAUAGUCUGCACAUCAUAUGAACACGAACUGCCAAAAUACGGUGUGAAAGUUGGCCUGACAAAUUAUACUGCAGCCUAUUGCACCAGCCUGCUGCUGGCCCGAAGGCUUUUCAAUAGGUUUGGUAUGGGCAAGAUCUAUGAAGGCCAAGUGGAGGUGACUGGAGACGAAUACAAUGUGGAGAGCAUCGACAGCCAGCCUGGUGCCUUCACCUGCUAUUUGUAUGCAGGUCUUGCCCAAACUACAACUGGCAAUAAAGUUUUUGGGGGCCUGAAGGGAGCUGUGGAUGGAGGCUUGUCUAUUCCUCAUAGUACCAAACGAUUCCCUGGUUAUGAUUCUGAAAGCAAGGAGAUCAAUGCAGAAGUGCAUCGGAAGCAUAUCAUGGGACAGAAUGCUGCAGACCACAUGGGUUACCUAAUAGAAGAAGAAGAAGAAGAAGACAAGAAACAGUUCUCCCAGUACAUAAAGAACAACGUUACUCCAGACAUGGAGGAGAUGUAUAAGAAAGCUCACGCUGCUAUCCCAGAGAAUCCAGUCUAUGAGAAGAAGCCCAAGAGAAAGGUGAAGAAGAAGAGGUGGAACCGUCCCAAAAUGUCUUUGGUCCAGAAGAAAGAUCGGGUUGCUCAAAAGAAGGCAAGCUUAAUGGCACACCUGAAAGCUUUAGGAUAUAAAGAAGAAAUCAUGCUGAAUAAGAGUAGACACCAAGAAGUGAUCAAACUCUGA